UGAAGUUCUUUCCUAGUAUCUUCUGGAUUAAGUAAUUAUAGCAUUAGCAAUUCUGAUUUCCUCUUAAUCCACCAUGUCGAAUAGCCAAAAUCCGAAAUAUGAUGAUAGCUCAUUUCUCAUUGACAUAACCACCACUGUGAAUUACACCAUCAACACUGCCAAAAAGAGAUGGCGUUUUGCUUAUACAGCUAUUUAUUCUAGAAGGGUCAUGCUUGCCUUGGCCAAAGAAGUCAUAUCUAAGAGAAAUACAAACACUCAUCCUUACUCUAAACUCUUCCAAUCUCAAUCUUCCGGUUCCGGAAGCAUUCUUGAUAUCAUUGAGCCACUAAUUCCCCAACAUGGGACCAAUAAUCAUUAUUCCUUGGUUCCUGAUGUUGACAAAGCAAGACUUGCUAGCAUGGUAAAGGACAAAAACUUGGAAGCCUUUGCUGAGUUUGGAGGAGUUGAAGGUGUUGCAAAUAUUCUUGGAACCAUUCCAGCAAAGGGAAUCAGUGGCAGCGACGAUGACGUUGCCACACGGCGUGAAUUGUUUGGUUCAAACACUUACCAGAGGCCUCCACCCAAGGUAUUUCUAAGCUUUGUAGUGGAGGCUUUCAAUGACACAACUAUUCUGAUCCUUCUUGUUUGUGCUGGCCUUUCCCUUGGAUUUGGCAUAAAAGAACAUGGGCCAGGGGAAGGAUGGUAUGAAGGAGGGAGUAUAUUUGUAGCAGUAUUUCUGGUAGUUGUUGUCACUGCACUCAGCAACUUCAGACAAGAGAGGCAAUUUGAUAAAUUGUCUAAGAUAAGCAACAACAUCAAAGUUGAAGUUGUGAGAAAUGGAAGGCCACAACAGAUAUCCAUCUUUGAGGUACAUGUGGGAGAUAUUGUAUCACUUAAAAUUGGUGAUCAAAUUCCAGCUGAUGGGUUGUUCUUAAGUGGCUAUUCUUUGCUAGUGGAUGAAUCAAGUAUGACAGGUGAGAGCGACCAUGUAGAAAUUGAGCCUUCAAAUAGCCCCUUUUUGCUGUCUGGUGCAAAAGUGGUGGAUGGCUUUGCUCAGAUGCUUGUGACAUCUGUGGGAACCAACACAGCAUGGGGUGAAAUGAUGAGCUCAAUUUCGCGAGACACCAAGGAAAGGACACCAUUGCAGGCUCGCCUUGACAAGUUAACCUCUUCUAUUGGAAAGGUAGGCCUCGCAGUCGCUUUUCUUGUUCUCAUAGUCUUGUUAAUUCGUUAUUUCACUGGAAACACGCAAGAUGAUAAAGGGAAUCAGGAGUUCCAGGGGAGUAAAACCGAUGUAAACGAUGUUUUCAACGCGGUUGUGCGAAUUGUUGCUGCUGCAGUCACCAUUGUGGUUGUGGCAAUCCCUGAGGGUCUGCCAUUGGCUGUUACUCUCACACUUGCUUACUCCAUGAAAAGAAUGAUGGCAGACCAAGCAAUGGUGAGGAAACUUUCUGCUUGUGAAACUAUGGGGUCAGCAACAGUUAUUUGCACAGAUAAAACUGGCACCUUAACUUUGAAUCAAAUGAGAGUCACCAAGUUUUGGCUUGGCCUAGAAAAUGCUAUGGAAAACUUUUCCAAUGCAAUGGCUCCUAAAGUUCUUGAGUUAUUUCACCAAGGAGUUGGCCUCAACACAACUGGCAGUAUAUAUAAACCUUCAUCAGAAUCUGAACCUGAAAUUUCUGGUAGCCCAACAGAGAAAGCUAUACUCUUGUGGGCCGCGUCAGAUUUAGGCAUGGACAUGGACGAACUGAAGCGCACACAUGAAGUACUCCAUGUUGAAACGUUUAACUCGGAGAAGAAACGAAGUGGCGUGGCAAUAAGGAAGAAGACCAACAGCACAGUUCACGUGCAUUGGAAAGGUGCUGCAGAGAUUAUACUUGCAAUGUGUUCUAAUUACAUUGACAAUAACGGCAUAGAAAAGUCCCUUGAUGAAGAUCGGAGUAAACUUGAGAAGAUAAUUCAAGGCAUGGCUGCUAGUAGCCUUAGAUGUAUUGCUUUUGCUUACAUGCACAUUUCAGAAGAUAAUGAUUAUAACGAUAAGGAGAAAGUGCAUCAAAUCCUUAGAAAAGAUGGCUUGACCUUGCUAGGUAUUGUUGGCCUCAAGGAUCCAUGCCGAUCUGACGUUAAGAAGGCUGUGGAAACUUGUAAACUUGCAGGUGUUAGUAUCAAGAUGAUCACUGGAGAUAACAUUUUCACUGCAAAGGCCAUAGCAGCAGAAUGUGGAAUAUUAGACCUUGAUGGCCAUGUAAAUGCAGGAGAAGUGGUGGAAGGUGUGGAAUUCAGGAACUACACGGAGGAAGAGAGAAUGGAGAAAGUUGAGAAGAUCCGCGUGAUGGCAAGAUCAUCCCCUUUGGACAAACUUUUGAUGGUGCAAUGCUUGAAAAAGAAAGGCCAUGUUGUUGCAGUCACGGGAGAUGGCACAAAUGAUGCACCUGCUCUAAAAGAAGCUGAUAUUGGACUUUCUAUGGGGAUUCAAGGAACUGAAGUUGCCAAGGAGAGUUCUGACAUUGUGAUCUUAGAUGACAACUUCAAUUCUGUGGCCACUGUCUUAAGGUGGGGGAGAUGUGUUUAUAACAACAUCCAGAAAUUCAUCCAGUUUCAACUAACCGUAAAUGUUGCAGCACUAGUGAUCAAUUUUGUUGCAGCGGUUUCUUCGGGAGAUGUUCCCCUAACAACAGUUCAACUACUAUGGGUGAAUCUCAUUAUGGAUACUCUAGGAGCAUUGGCACUGGCUACAGAAAGGCCUACAAAGGAGUUGAUGGAGAAACAGCCAGUGGGUAGAACUGAGCCUCUUAUUACUAGAAUUAUGUGGAGAAACCUUUUAGCUCAAGCUUUAUAUCAGAUUGCUGUUCUCUUGGUUUUACAAUUCAAUGGAAAGUCAAUCUUCAAUGUAAAUGGGAAGGUAAAGGAUACUCUAAUUUUUAAUACUUUUGUUCUCUGCCAAGUUUUCAACGAGUUCAACUCUAGAAGUAUGGAGAAACUUAAUGUGUUCCAAGGCACUCACAAAAACCACUUGUUUCUUGGAAUUGUGGGGAUUACUUUGGUUCUUCAAGUAUUGAUGGUGGAACUCCUAAGGAAGUUUGCUGAUACGGAGAGAUUAACAUGGGAGCAAUGGGGAAUUUGUAUUGGAAUUGCAGCUGUGUCAUGGCCAAUUGCUUGGUUUACAAAGCUCGUACCUGUUUCAGAUAUAACGUUCUUUAGCCAUCACGUUAAGUGGGUAAAAGUAUUGGUCUUCAAGAUUAAGCAUUUGUUUUCAUUUUACCUCGUCACACGUUUGAAGAAUCAUAAAUUCCAAGCAUCUUAAAACACUUGAAUAUGAUAUAUUCGUGUAUACUAUGUAUGAAAAUCCAAGACCUUUUAUGGUUUAAAAACAUAAAGGAUCUUGAAUUUUCAUAUGUCUAACACCUAAAUAUCAUAUAUUCAAGUGUUCAAGAUGCUUGAAAUUUAUAGAAUCUUAAUGAACACCUCCUUUACUUAAGGUAGGAAUUAUGGACAGUAGUAGUAGUUGAAAAAUUUGUGUAUUAUGAAAGUAUUAUAAUAUCAGUAACAACUCAUCUCUAAAAUGGUAAUUGGGGUGAUGGGAAUAAGGAUAGGAGUGAUAAAUUUAUGUUCGUAACUCUCUUAUGUACCAAAAAAAUAUAUAAAAUGAUCAAGUUUAAUGGUUAGUAUAAAAUAGUUUUACAUUAUUAACUAAUCACAAAUUAUCAUUAGUAUGACUUUUAAGAUAAUGAUUGUAAAAGUCAAAAGCAUACUAUACAAGAUAGAUUGUGAGUGACUGGUUGAUAGUGCAAAAUCAUUUUAUACUUGAGUUCAUGACCUAUUUUCACAUAUAUUUGGGCUAUGAGACCUUCAAAUUGAUAUUAGCAGAGUUGCAUGCAUUCUUCACAAGCCUCUGAAUAAAGACUGAGAUUUCAUUUGUCCGUUUGCUUAUUACUGAUAUGUUAUCAUUCUUGCUUUAACUUGACUGUCUAAGCUAAGGACCAAGGAUUUACUAUGGUAUGUUGAGCCUCAUGCUUAGCUAAACGUCUAGACCAAAAGUCCAGAUGAACCACGGAAACAAGAACUCAAAAAGAAAGAAGAAUCAGACUUCUUAUGAACACUUCAUUGAUAUUGAAGACCUGCUCUAAGCACAGAUCAAAUUUCAUGUGAUUAAAUCUACUUGUGGCACUGUAUUCUGAUGUUGUUAAACAAGCUAUACGAAAUUUGUAACUGUUGCUUCGUUA